UGCAGCUGAAGAUGACAUCACCCUGUCAGUGUUUACGGUCACAUCUAAGAGCAUGACAGUACAGUGGAGUGGUCAAACAGGAGCCAGUUCCUACAAGAUCACAGCAACACCCAAGAACUCUCCGGAACGAUCCGUCUUUGCUCAGUUCAGUGGCAGCGCGGUGAUGGGCUCGGUCAACUCCCUGUCCCCUAACACGGUGUACACCAUGCAGCUAGAGGUCAUGGACAACGCACUCAACGUCCUCAGCAGUGCAGAGAUAGAAGAGACCACUGCCCCUGAAGUCCCCAGCAUCGAUCAGGCGUACUCCAAACGCAGCGAAAGCAUCACUGUGGAGUUUACAGAGGCUUCCGGGGCAACCAACUACAUCCUGAGGGCAGAGUCUGUGAUUGGUGAUUUUUUUUCUGAGACUGUGGUAAGCAGCUCCCCAGGCACUGUGAUGCAGCUCGAGCCCCACACAGAAUACAAGCUGAGUGUCAUGUCCGUCAACUCUGGUGGAAGAAGCCAGCCCUCAUAUCCCGUCCAAGCACAGACAGUGGUGAUGGCACCCAAGUUGAACACAAGCUCCCCUGACAAUGAAACCAUCCUCGUGACCUGGACCCCAGUGGAGCAUGCCGUCCUCUACACACUCUGCAUCAUCAAAGAGGGCUCCAGCUCCCGCCUUAAACUGAACACCACCAACACCAUGGUGACUUUUGAUGAUCUUGAAGCUGGGACCACCUACUGCAUUAAGGCCACGGCCUGGGACGCUGAGGGUCGAGUAGGAGACGACGUCACUAUUUGCCAGAUCACAUGUCCUCUACGCCCAAAUGUGACCCACGUCCAAGUGAAUCAGGGUCGGGCUCCUGGGAUCACCGUGUACUGGCAGUCAGUGAAGGGAGCUGAGAGCUAUGUAGUCUCAACCUCUAAUGGCCAAAACUGUACUUCAACAGGCAGUAGUUACUGUUUCAUCAUACCUGUGGAGUGUGGACAAAACCACUCUGUCUUGGUUACAGCCUACAACAAAGGUGGACCCAGCAGCCCUUCACAACCUGUGGACUACAUCACAUAUCCAUGUCCCCCAGAGAACAUCUGGGUGGAGGAGCCAACAGCUGGAAACUGCUCUGUAGUGUGGGAUGAGGUGCCCUUGGUUGAGUACUACAUGGCUUUCAUAAAGAGGGACGACGGGACGGAGAAGUCAUGUAACACUACUGAAACCUCAUGCCCGUUUUUCUGCAUGUGUGGCCACACCUACCUCACCACCGUCUUCCCCUUCAACCAGGCCGGCUCAAGCCCCUUUGCACAAGUCCGCAACUACACCACCAUCCCAUGCUGCCCAGAGGGUGUCAAUGUAAAGCUUGUUUCUACGGAGACCCUAGAGAUCAUGUGGUCACCGGUCAAAGGGGCCGAACUGUAUGAGACGACAGCAGCACAGACCAACGAUGUCAUCCACUGUAACGACACAGCGCCCGUGUGUGCGCUGUCAGACUUAAAGUGCAACACAGUUUAUUCUGUGACUGUCACACCAUGCAGCGACUUAAGAGGAUGCAACCGCACCUGUACGCCACACACACACGAGACAGCUCCAUGUGCUCCAGAAAUCAUAAACAUGACUCAGACCAUUGACCUUACAUACAGGGUCCUCUUCAGUAACCCAAACAACCCCAACACAAAUUAUACGAUCACUGCCAUUGGACGCCACGACACACACACAUGCCAUGCAACAAACAACUCCUGCGAGCUCACACAGCUGCCCUGUGGUUCAAACUACGAGGUCAUGGCUGUGGCAAAAACAACAGCUGGAAAAAGUCUACCAGGAUUCACCAAACUUUUAGAAACAGGUCCCUGCUGCCCCACAUUUGUAAAUGUGACACAGGUCACCCAGGCUAUGACCAACGUGACCUGGUCACCUGGCAGUGGAGCUCGCUCCUACAUCACCUCCCUUACGUCCUCACGGGGUCACGCUAAGUGUCACACGCUGGACACCCACUGCCUGAUGGGGUGCAUCACCUGUAGCACCAACUACAGCGUCUCACUGGAAGCUAUCAGCAGCUCAGGACACAAGUCAGAGUGCAAAUAUCAGGGAUUCUCAUCAAGUGCCUGUUGUCCAACAAGCCUCAAGCUCUAUCGUAGAGCACCACAAACCCUCAGGGUGUACUGGCGUAUUUUGGGCCCUCAGAUCCUGAACCAUACGGUAGAGCUUUACGGGACGGGAGCCAACUACACCUGUAUCGCAGAAACCGGCAGCAAGUACUGUGAUAUCCUGGAGGAAACAUGUGGGGACGUGUACACAGUGGUGGCAGCACCAGUGGGACUGAACGGGAUCAAAGUGAGCUUCUGUCAACCCAGGACAUACUCUGUUCCCUGCCCAGGAAGUAAUGCUGGAAUGAUGAUCUCUCGGGGAAGACGCAGUGUGCGUUAACUGUGUGAUGGCCCCUCAUCAUCACCAACCACCAAACAUGGAUAAGGAAUAUGUUUACAUCGACAGCAACUUGAAGACCCAAUAUAUGCAGAUUAACCCUCCUGUUAUAUUUGUGUCUCUGGAACAGCAUUAAUGUUCCUAGGUCAUUUUGACCCAGGGCAUAUUCAAUUAUCUAAAAGUGUCAGAAU